AUGUUUCUGAUCUACAAGAAAAUCAAGAAGCGCAACGAGCGGAAACGCCUAGGUUCUGAAGUUUCAAAUACACCAGACAACACAAUUGAACUCGACACAGUCGAUGCAGUCAAUACACCACAGCCUGAUGGGAAGAACAAGAAGAACCUCUCCCCCGAACAAGUCGCAGAGAAACGACGAAAGAAUGUCUACCGCUGGAAGAUUAUCCUGGGACUAUUCAGUCCAUACUGCCUACAAGCCCUAGACACAACGAUCGUGGCCUCAGCUUUACCAUUCAUCGCAGAGGAUUUCAACCAACUCAAACAACUAAACUGGAUCAUCUCCGUCUUCAACCUCACAUCAGCCGCCUUCCUCUUCUUCUGGGCCCAACUAACUGACCUCUUCGGCCGCCACAUCGUCCUCCAAUCCGCAAUCCUAAUAAUGACAAUCGGCUCCGCAAUCUGCACAGGAGCCCCAACAUCAGCAUUCAGCGUCCUCCUCGUCGGCCGCGCCCUCCAAGGCGUCGGCGCCGCAGGCGUAAACAUCUCCAUCCGCACUAUCCUCGCCGACCGUGUCUCCCUCACUGAAUAUGCAGUCAACUGGACGAUCUUCGCUCUUGUCGCCGGCAUCGGAUUCAGCAUCGGCCCCGUGGUCGGCGGGUAUCUGACGCAAGCGUCGUGGCGCUGGUGCUUCGCGAUCAACCUGCCCAUCGGGGUUAUAGCCAUGAUCAUCGUGGUUUUUGUUCUAAGAACUGAGUUGCUGGGUCCGCAGUCUAUUCCCCAACUCGAGGGCAGAGGUACUUUGACCCCGUCUGCACGGUUCUUCGCGAGGAUAUCAACUAUCGAUUAUGGUGGCCAGAUGCUCUUUCUAUGGGGGUUUGGUCUGCUUAUCCUCGCUUUGACAUGGGCGGGUGGUACCUAUUCCUGGAAAUCUGCUGCUGUUCUAGCGCCGAUGGUGAUCGGUGGAAUCCUAGUGAUUGCUUGGGUUGUCUACGAGCGUUGUAUGUUGCCUGGCUCAUUGAUGGCACGGGUGCUUCCGCGUCAGAAGGCGAUGGUGCCGUGGGAAUUACUGAGACAGCGUGAUAUUGGCUUACUAUUCCUGAUUAAUUUCUCAAUUGGGAUAGCCAUGUUUGCUGUUAUGUAUUUCAUGGACAUAUAUUUUACGCUGGUGGAAGGGAAGAGCUCUAGCGAUGCCGGUCUUGCACUGCUGUUUUUCCUUCCUGGUUUUGGUGCUGGUCUUUAUAUGGCGAUGUUCUCUUCGAACGUCUGGCCCCGACAAACCUUCCCACCCCUUUUCCUAGGGAGUAUAACGUCCGCAGUAGGAAUGACUGUACUGGCAUGGAGUGUGAAGACAGGCCACACAAGCGUUAUAUACGGCAUGAUGGCACUAGUUGGACACGGAAUCGGGAUGCGAAUGAACCCGGCUUCUAUGCAUGGCUUAGCGUAUUUCCCUGCCAUGACGGCGCAGAUUUCCUGCCUUUCUUCGUUUGCUGUUCCGUUUGGAGGAUUGCUUGGGUUGACUAUUAUGUCGACCGUGUUUACCAAUAAGAGCGGCGCUGGAGAGGGAGAUGCCAAGGGCGGUAUCAUGUGGGCUUUUAUUGCAUUGUUGCCGUUUAUGUGGCUGUCUGUUUUGAUUACUACGUUCCUUGGGAAUGUGUGGAUUCUGAAGGAGGGUGGCCAUGAGGUUGUUAAUGAGUCUUACCUUUGGAGUUUGAUAUUUAGAAGGAAGCUUGUGAGGGAGAGGAGGGACCGUGGGGAGGACUUGGGGGAUGCUGAGACGAGGAAUGCUGAGGUUACUGUUUAG